ACUUACAACCCACUUCUUGUGAAAACCUCAGAAGACUGUGAAGUGACAUCAGAAAACGGACAUUAAUGAUAGAUGAAUGUUUAUGUGUCAGCACUGCACUUAAUGACUACAGUUGAACAAGUCCAAACAAGGAGUGCAAGAGGGAUUAAAUACAUCCCGUUCUUCUUAAAAAACAGAGAAGCAUACUGGAUUUUCCCACUAGUUGGCCAGCGGUCACUGCACAUAAUUUGGUGCCAGUAAAUAUUUUUCCUGCCCUGAAAUCUGAAUUCCAAGAAGACCUGGGGAAACAUGACGGAUCUGGUCGUCCCUGAGCUUGAAAUAGACGUGGAGAGCCUUGAAACGGAGAGCGACGACCAGGGAGAUUUCAGAACCCCGUUGUCCGGGGUAGAAGAGGAUGACCCAGGAAGCAGGGACGAUGACAAAGCAGGCCAGAUAACCCUUGGUUCCGGAGACCAAAGAAAACUUAGCCGAACCCCGAAGUGUGCCCGCUGCAGAAACCACGGAGUUGUCUCCUGCCUGAAGGGGCACAAGCGAUUCUGCAGGUGGCGAGACUGCCAGUGCGCGAAUUGUCUGCUGGUGGUGGAGCGGCAGAGAGUUAUGGCAGCGCAGGUGGCAUUGAGAAGACAGCAAGCUACAGAGGAUAAGAAAGGCAUUUCGGGGAAGCAGAUUCCAGCAGAGCGGAGAACCAUCUACCAAAGGCAUCUCAGACCCUCAACCAUGUUGGCAAAAAGUAUUCUUGAAGGAUACCGUCCAGUUCAGACAGACCCGUUUAUGGGGGGAAACUCUUCUCUACCUCCCCCUCUGAGUGAUCGGAUGAGGAAGAGGAGGGCUUUCGCCGACAAGGAGCUGGAGAGCAUCAUGCUGGAGAGAGAGUACAAGGAGAGGGAGAUGCUGGAGUCCAGUCAGGCCUCCGCGGCCUCCCUCUUCUUCCCCAACAGCAUGGUCCACGCGGCCGAGUACAACUCCUACAAGACGGCGUACUCCUCCUCGCAGGUGGAGCCCCCGCCCAAGGACCACUGCAACUUCCUCCCCAACUGCCUGGACCUGUCCAUGCAGUACGCGGGCGGUGGGAACGUGGAGCUCAUCUCCUCCAACGUGAGCGUGGCCACCACCUACCGUCAGUACCCCGUCCCGCCCCGCUUCGUGGUCUGGCCCCGGGGGAGCAACAUCGGCGACGCCCUGCUGUACCAGCAGUGCCUCCUCAACGCCACGGCGGUCCAGAACAUGAAGCCGGGCGCGGUGUGGGACCCCAAAAUGAUGCCCGCCUCGGAGAGCCACUCGCCCGAGCAGGACGCUGCAGCGGUGGCCAAGCUGGAAGGCUCGCGGGCGGCCCUGGAGCCCGGCGACCUCCAGCGGGUCCAGGCGGAGCCGCAGCAGGGGGUGCUCUUGCAAGGCCCCCGGGAGCGGUCGGCCUUCUCCCCGCCGAAGCGUGGCUUUGGGCAGGCCUUCCCCGGCACGCCGCCCCUGCCCCUCAGUCAGGAGCACGUGCUGAGCAGGCUGAGCAAAGACAGCGCCAAGCAGGCCCUCUCUAUGAAGCUCAACUCCUUCCACAGCCUCAUCCAGCAGACCCUCAGCGAGAAGUCGGGGGCCGAGCCGAAGGGCCCCAGCUGCAAGGAGCUCUUCGAGGAGGCCGCGCGGAAAUACAGGGAGGGAGCCGCCAAGGACCUCCACAGCUUCAAAAGCCUGGACAGAUACUCAAAAGAUUUUACGUCCAAGCAAGCCGCCACCAAAGUGGCAUCCGGCGAGACGUUGUCUUUUUCUGUCGAGUCCAUACUGAAGAGGCCCUCUCCCUCCAUGACUCGCGCAUCACAGUAACAAACGGAGCAGGAAGUUGGCAGAUGCUCUCUCUUCUCCUCCGUUAGAUUAUCUGUAGAAUCUUGCAUCCUCAAUGUUUGAAUGUUAAAAUGUGAUUAUUUUAAUUGCUGUUCACAAUUUUGCAGUGUAUAUAUUUAGCUGUAAAUAUAAGCAUGUUGUACAUCAGUAUCAUAUGAAAUAUAUUUAAAUGUAUUGCUGUAAAUGAUGUCGCUUUAACUUGUGAUUUGUUAGUACGACAAUACAACUGUACUGUCAAUAAACAAUUUUGUAUAUUAAAAAA